AUGUCCUCAGCAGCAGCAGCAUUCAGCAAUCCCCUAAGCAACAGUAGUAACGAUUCAGUGCUUUCUGGUGUCGAUGGUCAAAUACCUUCAGAAACGUCGACGACCACUCCUUCUAAUGUCCUUUCAAAUUCUUCUGAAGAUGACAUUCACAAACCUCACUGUGUUGUUCCUCCUUCAAUAUCAAGAGGAGGAGGGGCUGUCAUAAAAGCAGUAGUAGGAGGAAUCCAUGUUCAUGAAUCAUCAUCAUCACAACAACCAAUGAAACGAUUGAUUUGUGUCCUCACAAGUAUUUCCACAUUCGUCAUGAUCAUUUUCAUCCUUGCGGGUCUACUCGUGUUACCUCUUCUCUAUUUUGUGAACUUUUUGAAACAUCCCGAAAGGAGUGAAACCGUAAUCAUGACUCCGUACAUUCCCGACUCUCCUUCAUAUCCUCCAAAUUUCACAGCUCCAUAUCUUCAUGCCAAUAUUAACAUUACGACACCAUUGAAUGCUCGAUUUAUAUUGUUCUCUUUCACAGCAAAUGCCUCUGUUCAAGCAGCUGUCAUUCGAAAACAACAAGCAUUGGAAACUUUUUCGGAUCUUGCAGCCAAAGCAGCCCUUUCAUUGAAUACCAUGUCCAGCUUUAUAUUUGACAAACCAUUGGAUCGAUCUAUUUUUGUGAUCACACCCAACACGUUUGGAACUCGAUUCUUUUCACUUCGACUGCAAAAUAAUUCAGGAAUGUACGAUGACGAGAGUUCAGAGUUCAAUAUUGCAACAAAUACAACCAUUCCAAGAAAUACAUCAACCAUUUACAUGAUUUGGAGAAAUACAGACAAUUCCUUAAAUCCGAUUGAACUCAAAUUUUGGUAUUGGUUAGAAUAUGAUAACCAUGCACAUCUUAAAGCAUUUACAGUUGGUGUUGUUCUCAUUGCUGUUGCAGUAAUUCUCAUUUCGGUGGUCAUCCUGAACAGCAAGAUAACGUCACUUGUCAUUUAUCAUCUCAUUCGAGCAAUAAGACCAAGUGGAAGAAAACAGUUUUUCAAGGAUUUUAAAAAACAACUCAAGACGACUUCAAAGAGUGAAUUCGAGGAACAGAAUGUGCUUUGGACAAAAGGAGCUGACAUCACUUUUCAAAAUUUGACAUUCAAGUCGUUCUCUGGAAAAACAAUUUUACAUCCAAUCCAUGGAAUUUUACAAGCAGGAAGAUUUACAGCAAUUAUGGGACCUUCAGGCUCUGGAAAAUCAACCUUUGUCAACUCAUUAUGUAAGAGAGCAAAUAAUGGAAAACAAAGUGGAAAAAUUUUAAUUGACAACAGAGAAAUUACGGAAGAGACAAGCAAAAUUAUUGGAUUUGUCACUCAAGAGGAUAUAAUGGCACCACAUAUGACUGUCAGGGAGGCUUUGGAAUUCAGUAUUAGUUACCGAAAGAAUCGAAAUAGUGACAAGAAGAAAAGAAUAAGUGCAGUGAUAGAAAGAUUGGGUUUAUCCAAAGUUCAAAAUUCCUUCACAAAAGUAUGCAGUGGAGGAGAGAAGAGAAGAACAUCGAUUGGUAUUGAAUUGUGUGCAGAUACUCCUGUUCUCAUUUUGGAUGAGCCAACCAGUGGACUCGAUUCAGAAAGUGCCCUCUCACUCUGCCAAACAUUAAGAGAACUCUCUGAAACGUGCAACUUGAAUAUUAUUUGUGUCAUCCAUCAACCAUCUUUUGAAAUUUUAAAACAAUUUCAUGACAUUAUGCUUUUCAAUGAAGGACAACUUCUCUUUCACGCUCCAGUUUCUACGGUUGUGAAUGUUCUACGUGAUAAAAUUCCAGCCGAUGAAAUUCGAAACAAUCCAGCCGAUGAAAUUUUACGAACGUUGAUUGCACCUCAAGGUGAAUUACUCGUAGAAGAAAUCAUCAUUCGAAAAACACAGGAAAAUGCACAAUGUCAUUUCACAAGUGGUAGUCCAAAUCAUUUCUACACGACUGAGUCAGCUGAGGACAUGUUCCAACAACACUCGAAUUCCACACGAGCUGUUCAUGACGACGAUAGCAACCCCAACAAUAAUAACAACAACAACCAAAACAUUCACAACCCCAAUAGGAACAAUAAUCACCAUUCGGACGUUGCUGUCAUUCCCAUCCACAAGAGCAUCAACAAAUCCAAACGCCACAAUAUUUCUGAACAAGCCUAUCGAACAGCUCCCUUUUAUAUUCAAUUUAUUAUUUGCUUUGUGAGAAGCUUUAAACAAUUUUACAGAGAUUGGACCACCAUCCUUAUUGAGAAUGGUAUUUGUCUAGCCAUUGGAGUUUUAAUUGGCCAAAUUUUCAAAGGUCUUUCAUUUGCAGGAGCAGUUCCUGAAAGCUUAUACAUGCAAUGUCCAAUUUCUUUGCGUGGAAAUGCCAUGGUUCCACAAUCCGAUUUAAUUUCACCUUACUCUACGUUUUUUAAUAUUGCCAUUUCUCUGGUUUCUAUUAUGAGAGGAUUACUUGUUUUUGGAAAUGAUAUGAAUAAUUUUAAGAGAGAGUGUUAUUCUGGUCUCAAUUGUUGGAUGAAUUACUUGGCUAAGGAUUUAGUUUCCAUGAUGGUCAUGCUUGUUCUCUCUCUAUCCUUCACUGCGGGAUUACAAGUGGCAUCUCCUCAUACCCACUUUGGUAUUUUGUGGAUGGUCAUUUAUGGAACCAUGUUGGCAAGCUUUCCUAUUGGUUAUAUCAUUUCAUACUUUUUCACACCACACACGGCUCAGUUAGCUGCUUCCCUUGUUGUCAUGAUAUUUUUUGCCAUGAGUGGAAAUCAACCAUCGAUUCCAGAAAUGGAAAGUUAUGUAUUUCCAUUCACUUAUAUUCAUGUCAUUUCGUAUUUGAAAUAUGCCAAGGGCUUAAUUUUCAUGUUGGAACUUGAAACAAGAAGAGGAACACAGACACUGGAUGAAGUGUUAAAAAUAUAUGGAUUUGAAAUUGAAGCCUUAAUUUAUUAUGUCUAUGCACUAGUAUUUUGGGUUAUUGUAUGGAGAUUUAUUUCUAUUUAUUGCUUAUGGGCCUGGAAACCAAGAAGCUUAUUCAGUAAGAUUGUCUAUUGUGUCAAGUUGAUGAUGGGUAUAAUUUAUGGUCCGAUCAGCAAUGCAUGUUCCAAGGUAAAGAUCACCUUGAAAAGAAUGUCCAACAAGAGGAAUGAUGAAAAGAAUGUGCAAUAA